AUGGAUCCAGCACAGUUCGGCUACAGUACCAUUCCUCUAAAUCAUGCUCCAUACGGCCCCAUCGUACCGUCUGCCCUAGAAGGCUCCAAUGCCGGAAAGGUAGCUCUAAUAACAGGAGCUGGUCAAGGCAUCGGCGCCGCCAUCGCAGAAUCGCUAGCGAAGUCCGGGGCCCAUGUAGCCAUUCUGGAUCUCAACACCGACAGGCUCACCCAAACCAAGAAGACAUGUUCAGCAUUUGGAGGAAAGGCCGAAGCGUAUGGUUGCGAUGUGACGGAUAUGGAGCGAGUGAAGGAAGUUUUUGGGCAGGUGGAGAAGCAAUUAGGACCAAUCGAUAUACUGGUGAACAACGCCGGGAUUUUUACUCAGCGGCCUUUCAUCAUGGGGGAUUUUGAGACAUUUUGGAAACAAAUCGAAGUCAACUUCAAGGCCCCUUUAAUGCUUAUCCACGCCAUCCUUCCACGAAUGCAGGAACGUGGACACGGCUGCAUUAUCAACAUCGCCUCCCGUUCAGGUACCGUCGAUGUACCCAUGACAUUGGGAUACGUGACUUCCAAAGCAGCGCUCAUUCGCGCUACACAUACACUGCAGACUGAGAUGGAACUUGAUGGACUGGAUCCUGCGAUUCACAUGUAUGCGCUACACCCGGGUGGUGUCAAAGGAAACAUGGGCGGAGCUCCGGCGGCGGAUGACGUGAAGAAGAAGUACGGUGAUGUUACAGAUGAAGAAUUCUUCAAGGAUCUAUUCAAGGAUGGGCCUUCGCUUUGUGGGCAGACGUGUGCAUGGCUGGCUAGUGGGCAAGGAAAAGAGCUUAGAGGGCUGUUCCUAGAUUGCCGACAAGACGUGAGAAAUCUGCUCGAAAUUGGACGAGACACGUUGUUGAAGGAAAACCGGAACAAGCUGACAGUGAAUUUCAUUGAUGGAUAUUGCAACGAGCCAUAG